GUUUCCGGAUUUUUACGACAAUCGUAAUUCUUGUGGGCGUGUCGUAAGUCAAAGUGAAAGUUGUAACAAUGUUGUUGAUGUUUGAAGAUCAGCACAAGGAACACUUGUCGUUCCUCACACAAGUCAGUCCAGAUGUUGUCAAAGAGUUCUGCAGGAUUAGCAUGGAAUUUAUUAGAAAAGGGACCAAUCCAAAAAUAUUCCAAGGAGCAGCACAGAAGUUGAAUGUGGAUGUAGAUACAGUUCACCAUGGUGUAGAGGGACUAAUGUACCUGUUGACAGAGAGCUCCAAACUGAUGCUGAAUGAGAUUGAUUUCCAAGACUCCAUUAUGACCCUCGGAUUUGAUGAGGACACUAGACAAACCCUGCUUGAGAUAUAUCUACAGAAUAGGCAAGAAAUCAGAACCAUUUUAUCUGAGAUGACAAUGGAUCUCCCUCAUUAUCAUAACUUGGAGUGGCGGUUUGAUGUUCAGCUUGCCAGCAGGUCUCUAAGAAGGCAGACAACUCCAACCGUUUUGUUUAAACUCCACACGGAGGACUCUGGGGUCAAGGAUACUACAAUCUUACAGACUGACCCCGUGAACUUACUUCACUUAACCAAGGUUCUAGAUGAAGCUCUUCAAGAAAUGAAGUCACCAUAUUGCAGAAGAAUAGUUCGGAAUAUCAAAUGACUGUUGCUUGCACCAUAUUAUACCAUAAUAUUAACAUUUCACAACUUGAAUGGACAUGGUAUUCUAGAUAUUAUAAUAUUUGUGGUCUCCUCAAGUUGUCGACAUUGACUUGAUAUGCAUACUUUACCAUACUUACAUGCAUAUAGCUCAGGAAAAUUCAAAUGAACUGUACAGAAUGCAAUAUACUUACAUGUGUAUUGUAUGUUACAGACAAAUAUGAAUAUUUUGUCUAUUUUUAUCAUGUUGCCAAUGUUGAACUUCAAUAAAAAAGGAAAAUGCCUCUGUAGA